AUGGACGGAGAUCUUAAGAUGGAUUUGUAUAAGGUGAGAGAGGAGAUUAAGACACAGAUUGGGAGUGCGCUUAAGAGUAUUAAUGUUCUGACGUUGGAUGAAUUAGUUAAAGGGGAUAUGAAGACGUUGAAGGAGAGGAUUAGUGAUGUGACUAAAGAUGUAGGUAAGGAUACAAAAAGUAGUGGGCUUCUACAAAAUGAGUUGUUCAAGCUUGAUGAGGCAAGAAAUACCUUUAAUCAGAAUACUGUUACCCCAAUUCAGAAUGCAGAAAAAGGCCUUGAAGUUAAGUUUAAGGAGCAGAUCCAGGAGAAGCUUAGCGCUGCGGUCAGUGAAGUUGACAGGGCGAUUCAGACGCUUGGCGGGAAGUUUAGUCAGAAUGAUAAAAAACUUCAACCGAUUUUCGAGCAUAUUAAAAAGCAGGUUGCGGAGAUUAAGGGGAAUGGAGGCGAAUGGGAUAACAGAGGUACAUGGAAAACCCCUGGCUCCGGCCUAGAUGGUAUUAGAACAAAAGUGCAGAAAUAUGUUGAUGCCUUCAGCGGUUGGCAAUUUGGAAGCAGAAUUACAGGCUGGACUGAGGACAUAUUAAAGCAUAACGGCGUGGUGAGGCCGAUGAUUGGUAGGAAAUUUGCGUAUGAUCACGAAGGUGAGAAGGAAGGAUUCACGAACGUCUCACACAAGAUUAAGGAACAGCUUGAAAUCGAUGCAGACACAGCCGGCCAAGAGGUUCAACAAAGAAACAAUGGCGCGGGCGGCGACAUAGUAAAAAACAUUUCAGCCGUGCAGGCCGGUUGCGAACAUUUUGCCGAUAAGCUUGAUGAGAGGAUGAAAAACAGUUUAAGUGAUACAGUCGAGGGCGUAAGAAGGCAGCUGUUUGAACAUAGUCUCAGAGCCAAAAUAUGCGUCUGCGAGAGCGUGGGCUGCAAAAACUGCAAAAAUUGCAGCGACGAAUUUUGUAAGAAGAACUCAGUCCUCGCCGCCAUACUCUGUGCCCUCUCCGCAACAGUGAGACAGGUGGGCAACGAGCUGAAUUCCGUGCUGCUCGAGCCCCCAGACACAAAUAUCGCAUCCAUCCUGGACACUAUCACGCCUAUUGCCAGUGAUCUCAGCGACAAGCUCACCCAGGCGACUGAGAAAUCCGGGUCGCCUCCCGUCUCCCAAGGCCAACCCCCCCGCCCAAGCCGUGGACACUGCGAUCGGCGGAGUGAGGAAUUUCGUGGAAGGAAAAAAUGCGUCAUAAACAAUCUUAAGACUCAAGUUGGCUUACUUCCCACCGCCGUUGAAGCGUUCGACGGUGUAGCUAAAGCACAGAUCAAGGCUGCGGCCAAGGCGGCGAUUACAGCGGCGGCUGAGCAGAUUAGCGAUGCCCGUGGUACAAUUGAGCUUGGCGGUAAAAAUAACCUCAUGGAUACUUUCAACAAGCAGUUUACUACCAUCAAAAGCAGUCUCGAAGGAAACAUUAAAAAGGAAGUUGAUGACCACAUUGGUCAGGAUGAUCAGACAGGUGGUCAAGGUGGUGAUCAAAAAGUUGAACUUGAGAAAGGAAAAUUUCCGCAUUAUGAGAAACACGUUACACAACCUGUAGAGUUAGACAAAACACUAACUGGCAAGGCAGAUGAUGGUCAUCUUCCAGCGGCGAUCGGGGACAUCAAGACUGUGGGUCUGGCAGCGCUUGAAAAGCAUAUCGGUGAUAAACCCACAGAAAAAAUAGAUAAUGAGACAUUCACCGGUCCGUUUAAAGCAAUUAAGACAGAGCUUGACGAGAUCAAGAAAUUGGUUGAUGGUGAGGACGGUAUGGUUUUAUUUGACAUUGCUCACAUGUCUAAAAAAGGCGCUAAAACAUUGCUGACAGAGCUUAGUAAAUUACUUACAAACCCUGGAAGUUACACUUUUACAGUCGACGGGUCAAGUUACCAAACUGUCCAAGGCCUUGAGGCAAUCAAAAAGGCGAUUGACGGCCUGCAAACAGGGACGUUUAAACAACAACCCGCUGCAAUUGAGAAAGCCGUCCAAGAAAUUAGGACGCAGCUUAAAGACCUUAGAGAGAAGUUGAAGAAAGAGAACGGUGAGGAUGUUAUUUUGACGUUGACAGAGCUACAGAAUAAAGGCCUUGAAAAAGAAGAUUGGCAGAACGGUAAAGGUCAAUCUCUCAGUGGCCUUGGAAAAAUCGAGAAUAACCUUCAGAAAGAAAAUGAUGAAUUGCCCGUGCAGACGAAAAUUAUCGAUAAAGCAAUAAGAAAAAUUCAGGUUGAACUUGCAAAUGUCAGAAUAGACAUGAACAAUGUCUUCAAUCCAUUCGACGUCAUAGACAGGUUGCAAUGGCUGAAAGUUAGGAUUGGCCAAGGUAUGAAUGUAGGCCUUCAGAGAAUUCAAAGAACGAUCAAUGAGCUGCAAGAAAAGCCGUUUCAACAGCAUCCCGACGCAAUUGGUAAAGCCAACUCAGCAAUUAAGGCAGAACUCACUACCCUUCGAGGUGAGUUGCAAGGCUCCAAGCCAGGCGACGAUGUCAUUGAGACACUGAACGAUUUGCAGAACAAUGGACUUGGCAGUAAAUAUUGGAUAGUUGACAAAAAAGGUAAUAAAGGUCUUAAAAACAUCCAAGAUGCACUUCAAGGUCAACAAACUACGUUGUCCUCCCAACCCACUGAAAUCGGCGGUGGCGUCGACCAGAUCACCUCGGAGCUUGACAGGCUUAGAGGGACGUUGAAGAAAGAAAUAGGAUAUCUUAUUUAG